AUGUCUUAUCUUUCAGAUGCUGGUUCACUACUUGUGGUGACGGCUGCCGUCGUGCUGUCCGUUUUCGUCGUCUGCGGGGAGUGCAUCUGCACCUGGUUCAUGGGCUGGCGGAUGGGAAAGUCUGGCAAGGAUAUUGAGGGCGACUUGACGAACCCGGCCAACCAAGGGGAGGACAUUUCGGCCGAUAAAAACACCAGCGUCUGUCUCUCGAAUCUGCCCGCCAAUUGCCGCGCCUGCGACAUCCUGAAGGAACUUCGCAAUGUAGGGAAAAUCUGGUCGUUCAGCCUGAUCCCACCCGAGGAGCUAUUCACCACGGCUGCCGCCAAAGUCGUCUUCUGGGACAGAGACGGCCUAGAAGCGUUCCUCAAGAAAUAUCGGCGCGACAAAUUUACCGUCCUCGGCACCCGCCCUCGCGUCUGCAUGACCCGCUGCAGGAUUUCGUCAGAGCCCCCGUCGGAUGCGUCGCGUGCCAUGGUCAUCACCGGCCCCUCAGAGAUCAUCCGUAUGUCCCGUCUUUGCGAUCUUUUCGAGGCCGAUCUCGACUCCGAUUUCGACUACGACCUCGAAAGGAUGAUGAAGGCUUCCAACGAGGAUACUGGCCAGUCGAGCAUUGAGGUUCGAUUCACCUCUUUCAAAGACCAGGCUGAGGCCGCUUGGCGCAUCGUCAACAAGGCCAUUGCGGGCGACGACCUGCCGGGAACGGUUCUGUCGCCGCACGAGAGCGAUCUGUGGCGAACGACCACCCAAACCUCCACAAUGGGCGACGCAUCCAUCGAAUCCCCCGAAUGGCGCAAGGUCGAGGUCGGCCGCAUCGUCCUCCUCCAGGGCACCAGCCAGUAUGCCGGCCGCCUCGCUGCCAUUGUCGAGAUCAUCGACCACAAGCGCGCUCUGGUUGAUGGACCCGCGUCAGACCCCAAGCUGGCCGUUCCCAGACAAGCCAUCUCCUUCUCCGAUUGCCUACUGGCCGACAUGAAGAUCGAGAAGCUGCCGCGAGCCGUCCGAACGGGAACCCUCAAGGCGCUGUGGGAGAAGGCCGGCAUCGAUGAGAAGUGGAAGGAGAGCAACUGGGCCAAGAGAAAGCUGCAGGGCGAGCGAAGAAAGGCCCUCACCGACUUUGAGCGAUUCAAGGUCAUGCGACUCAAGAAGCAGCGACGAUUCGAGGAGAGAAAAGCCCUGGCCAAGGUCAAGGCGUCGGCAUGA